AUGGCGGCGCCUGCGCUGACGGACCCACCUGAGGUAAACGCUGCGGUCUCCGGGUUCUCGCCUGCCCGUUUUCCCACCGAAAUACGAACGCCCCGAGGCAGUGUGACCUUUGAGGAUGUGGCCGUGUACUUCUCCUGGGAGGAAUGGUGUCUGCUUGAUGAGGUUCAGAUACACCUGUACCUUGAUGUCAUGCUGGAGAACUUUGCCCUUGUUUGCAUGCUGGGUUCUUUUCCUGGAGUUGAGGAUGAAGAGAUGCCUUCUGAACAGAGUGUAUCUUAAGAAGGAGUGUCACAGAUGAGGACCCCCAGGGCAGGUUUGUCUCCUGAGAAGACACAGCCCUGUAAGAUGUGCAUAGCAGUCUUGAGAGACAUUUUGCACUUGGCUGAAGGGCAAGGAACAAAUACAGAGCAGAAAGCACACACAUGUGUGGCAUGUGGGAAACAGUUCUAUUUCACUGCAAACCUUCAAGAGCACCAGAAGCAGCACAUUAGAGAGAAUCCCGUACGAUAUGGUAUGCAGAGACCCUCAUUUUGGAAAAGCUGCCCAAUCCACACAAUAGGGAACCUGCUUACCUACAUGGAGAUUGGGAAUGACUUCGUGGCCAAAAUGGGAGUUCAGCCACAGGCCACUAAUAUCAGGAAGAAACGAAACAACAGUAAGGAGUGUGAAGCUGUUUUUCACAGUGGAAAAGGUCAUCACAGCUGGGGAGAAGGUGAGAAAGCCUCCAGCCACACAGAAAUACUUGUUCAGGAUGAGAGAGUCCUUACUAGUGUAGGGUUUUGUGAGUGCAGCAAAUGUGGGAAAGCCUGCACCCAAACAUGUAACUUUAUUCAGCAUGAGCAAGUUCACACUGGAGAAAGGCCUUAUGAAUGCAGCCAUUGUAGAAAUUAUUUUAGCCACAAAUCUGGUCCCCUUGGACAUCAGAGAAGAGUUCACACUGGAGAAAAACCUUAUCAAUGCACCCCGUGUGGAAAAUCUUUUGCCCACAAAUCCAAUUUCCUUGCACAUCAGAGAGUUCACACUGGAGAAAAGCCUUACGAGUGCAGUGAAUGUGGGAAAUCUUUUGUUGCUAGGAGUAGCCCCUGGUUGAUCUUUCAUGAUCAUCAAAGAGUUCACAGUGGAGAGAGGCUAUAUAAAUGUAGUGAAUGUGGGAAAUCUUUUUCUGCUAAGACUAACCUGUAUUAUCAUCAGAGAGUUCAUACUGGAGAAGGGCCUUAUUAGUGCAGUGAUUGUGGGAAAUCAGUUGUUGCUAAGAGUGGCCUCCAGUAUCAUCAGAGAGUUCACAAUGGAGAAAGGCCUUAUGAAUGCAGGGAAUGUGGGAAAUCUUUUACUGCUAGGUCAGGCCUUCAUGAUCAUCAGAAAGUUCACAGUGGAGAAAAGCCUUAUAAAUGCAGGGAAUGUGGGAAAUGUUUUACUGGUAACUCUAGCCUUCUUCGUCAUCAGAGAUUUCACAGUGGAGAAAGGCCUUAUGAGUGCAGUGAAUGUGGGCAGUCUUUUACUAGUCGAUCCUCUCUCUAUGAUCAUCACAGAGUUCACACUGGAGAAAGUCCUUAUGGGUGCACUGAAUGUGGGAAAGCCUUUAAGCAAAGACAGCUCCUCUGCAUCCAUAGGAAAACCCACAUUGGAGAAAAGCCUUUUGAGUGCAAGGAAUGUGGUAAAUCUUUCACCCAACGGUGCCACUUGAUUAAACAUCAGAGAGUUCACACUGAAGAAAGGGACUUAUGAAUAUUGCGAACGUGGCCCGCAGUGACAUUGAAGGAGUCUGGGUGGUAAGAGACUGAGAAGAACCCAUGCAGCUAAUGGACCCUUUCUAGAGAGGAAACUGAGACACAGAGAUGAUGUGUCAUCUGUCUGUGAUCUCCCAGAAAUGGACACGGAUCUUGGCUUCAAUGCCAGGUUGCCUGGUUCAGGAGAUCAGGAGUCUGGUCACUUCACUCCUCCCCUGCCCCCCACCCCCAGGUUUGGGGACUGAAAGAACACCUUGUCCAUCAUGACAUUUCUGUGCCCUGACCCCCACACCAGGAGCCCUGCUCAUACCCCAGCCCCAUGCUGAUGGACAGGAUUAUCUUUUCUCUGGGAACCAAUAUUGAUGACUUUCCUGUGACUGACUCCAUUUA